AUGGAUUUCGAGGUUCCUGUUAUAACCGUUUUAGAUACUAACAUAUCUCACAUCAUCAAAAAUGGAGGGCAGCAUAAAGCUGAGGAGACAUCUUUGAAUUUAUUUAAGGGUCAUAAUCAUCUAAAUAAAGCACUAAGUUUUCCUACUAAUAUCAGAUAUAUAUUUGAAGAUGAUGAUAAUGAACUUGAAAUAAAUAAUUUAAAGGGUACCAUAGAUGAGUUAGAUAUUGAGAAUAUAAUUGUUAUUGAUCUUGACACUGAUAAUUCAUUGCAAAAGGUUCAAUUGAUAAGUGAUAAAUACGAAUUAUUGUCAUAUAAAGAGAAAUCAUGUAAUGAGAAUUCAACUAACCCUAAAAUUUCAGAGAAAGAAAUUGAGCUUAAGGUACUUUCACAGUUCAAGGAAUUUGAACAUAUUCCAGAACAAUACUCAUUAGAGGAUUUAAUCAAAUUAUAUGCGAUUCAGAAUGAACAAAUUGAAGAAUUAAUUGACCUAAAUUAA